AUGUUGUCCUUCUCCGUACACAACAAAAACCUAAUCUCUUGGGAUCUCAGUCCACUCGUUUACCUCCCGAGGUCUAGUCAUUCGUUAAACACUGUCACUCAUUCCAACAUGCGCUCCACUACCGUUGCCGCCUUAAUGGCACUGGCCGGGCUGGCUCAGUCUACUGCCGUGGUUAGCAGCUCUGAAGACACAUGCACCGAAACUGAGCACUCCACCACCCCCUCGGUCUCUUCAGAGUCCCAAGCCUAUCCGGUUCAUACGGGCACUGGACUUACAACCUUGACUCGGAUUACGAACUCAACGGGCAUCUGGGGUCCCACCGGGGGCCCCGUGACUCCGCCAGCCACCCUGACGAGCACUUACACGGCUACUAUCACCCAUACUAUCACUUCUUGCCCCCCCGGCGUGAAGCCAUGCGCCAUCGGCUCGGUAACCACUGUGGUUACCACAGUCACGACAACCUACUGCCCCGAGACGCCACCUCCUGUUCCUUGUCACAAUGGAAAAUGCGACACUCCCCCUGAUUGCAAUGGAGAACACUGCCCCAGGCCCAACCCUCCUGGCAAACCUCCUCACCCUCCUGCAAACCCCCCUCAGAAGCCGCCUGUGGAUGGAAAGCCUCCUCACCCUGAGCCACCCCACGAGACCAAGCCGGGAUCUCCUGAACAUACGCCUUCCUACCCACCGCAGAAGCCCCCUGUUAAGCCCCCCCAUCACCCACCUGCUGAGCCUUCCCAGAAGCCCUCUGAAGACUCUCCUCAGCCACCUGCCAAAACACCUGGGCACCCUGAUGAGCCCACGCCCGUCCACCCCUCACCCUCUGCCAAGAAGCCUACACACUCAGUUGUUGUGGCUGGGGCCAGCAAGGAAGCAUCCAAAUACAUCACCUUGGCCUUGGGAGUCUUAGGAGGCGCUGUGUUUCUCCUUUGA